GCUUAGUAGCUCCUGAUUUUCCACACCUUAUCUUUCUCUCUCACUCUCUCUUCUUCUUUAACCUCUCCAGCUUCACUCUCUAUCUUCUUCCCCUGACGUGACUCUUCUCUCUCUUCUUCCUCCAUCAAUGGCGACCACAAACUCUCUCCACCACCACCACCACUCCUCUUCUUACACACACCACCGCCACAAUCUCCAUUCCCAAUCUCACUUCGGACCAACUUCUCUUUCCCUCAAACAACCCACUUCCGCCGCAACAUUCUCACUAAUCUGCUCUGCUUCUUCCUCCUCCUCCUCCUCCUCCUCCGCCGCUGUCUCCGCCGUUUCAACCACAAACGCCUCCGCUACAACUGCCGAAACCGCGACAAAAUUCGACGUUUUGGAGAACCACCUCGUCAAUCAAAACUUCCGACAAGCCGACGAGGAGACAAGGAGAUUACUCAUUCAGAUAGCCGGAGAAGCCGCCGUGAAACGUGGCUACGUUUUCUUCUCCGAGGUGAAAACAAUCUCCACCGAAGAUCUUCAAACCAUCGACAAUCUAUGGACUAAACACAGCGAUGGGAGAUUCGGAUACAGCGUGCAACGCAAAAUCUGGUUAAAAGUGAAGAAAGAUUUCACAAGAUUCUUCGUUAAAGUUGAGUGGAUGAAGCUUCUUGAUACAGAGGUUGUUCAAUACAAUUACAGAGCGUUUCCUGACGAGUUCAAGUGGGAGCUUAACGAUGAAACGCCUUUAGGACACUUACCGCUCACAAACGCUUUGAGAGGAACGCAGCUUCUGAAAUGCGUUUUAAGCCAUCCUGCGUUUGCGACAGCUGAUGAUAACAGUGGAGAAACAGAAGAAGAGCUUAACAGAGGUGUGGCUGUGGCUAAGGAACAGACAGGAGUAGGAGCAGACAAAAGAGUGUUUAAAACAAAUUACAGCUUCUGAUGUCUUUCUCCUUUUUUUAUUUUAUUAAUUUUCUGAUAUUGUGAAAGUAUAAACAAAUCUCUGUAAUCAUAUCAUUAAUUAAAUUGGGUUUCUCUUCAAUGUCAGUUUCAAUUGUGAUUAUGGAUGUAUGAACAAAGUCAGAUCAUUAGUUAAUGAAUAAAAACCAAAACUCUUUCUUGGUUGAUCAA